UUUGUGCGCUGCCUAUUUAGUCCGAGCUCCGAACAGUUUCUGAUUAUUAUUGUGUUUGAAACCGACGGGGAAGUGCCUGAUCCUCCGAAACCCGCUCCCAAGAAGGGCGCCAAGAAAGCUCCGUCCAAACCGGCGAGCAAGUUUGGCAAGAAGCGCAAGAGGUCGAGGAAGGACAGUUACAAAGUGAUGAAGCAGGUUCUCCCCGACACCGGCAUCUCCUCCAAGGCCAUGAGCAUCAUGAAAUCAUUCGUGAACGAUAUCUUCGAGCUCAUCGCGGGUGAGGCUUAUCGCCUGGCCGACUACAACAAGCGGUCCACCAUCAGCUCCCGGGAGACCCAGACCGCCGUGCGCCUGCUGCUGCCCGGGGAGCUGGCCAAGCACGCCGUUUCCGAAGGGACAAUGGCGGUGACCAAGUACACCAGCUCCAACUGAAGACAAGUUUACUGACAAAACAAACGGGAAAAUCAAAGAAUCUUUUAAGAGCCACUCACGGUUUCAUUAAAAGAAUAUUGCGACAUGGACUUGAGACAGCUGCACCAUAGACCCUGAAAGUGACAUCAGGAAUAUCUUCUCCGCAAGUUACAGUGAGCAUCUGGGUUAAAUCUGAUCAACAGCACAAGGUCAGAAACUUAGUGUCACUACCAAAAGUUCCAGCCAAUAGAAGUUCAA